AACAAAGUGAUUUUACAAGGGAUACACGUUUAGAGAAUGGCUAUUAUUCUUGCUUUUUGGAACAAUUCAAAAAUGAACACGGUGAAAAAGAAUUUUUAAUAAAACAAUUUAAUGAGAUUAUAAGUGGAAAUGAUAAAGAAGUUGAAAACCUUCAAUUAGCUUUUUCAAAUGUAUUGAAUUUGAAAAAGAAUUUUUUGCAACUAGAUACUUCAAAAAAUGAAAGAGAUUCUUUAUCAGACCUGCAAGACCUUUACGUGUUAUUUCAAAACCAUAUAAAUUCAAUAGAAGCUGACAAAGAUAUUAAAUACUUUGACCCUAUUAAAAGUGGUGUUAUUUGUGUCUACAAUCUAGAUGCUAAACUAAAGAGAAAAAUAUUCAAUAAAUAUAUGGACUAUCUGACAAAAAAAAUAUCUAUUCCGGUCAAUGAUACUAGUUCGCUAUAUAUAUCAAGUUAUAUCGAAGAUAUUCUGGCCUACUAUACCAAUUUUAAUAGUGCACCUCUAUGCAAUAAUUUAAAAAAGCCUGAAAUCUCACCAAGCUGCAAGCAUGAAGAGAGAAUACAGUGUGAAAUAUAUCAAAUUAUAUUGAAUCAUAUGGAGCAGUCUAUUUGGUCAAACUCAUAUAAAGUGAACAAAAUCAGUGAACAACAAUAUACUUCAGAUACA